AUAGGCCCUGGAAAAUUAUUAUAUGCAGCCAGGACAGGUGUGCUCUGAUGAAAAUCAAAUAGACGCUCAGUGGGAAUUUCAAGAAGUGUACCAAAAGAUCCAAAUGCUUAAGGAAAUGUGCCUGCCAGAAUUGAGUGAAAUGCAUCAGAUAAUCGCUAAUAAAGUUUCACAGAUUGAUUCCAGUCCAUGGACAAUACUCCUAACCGGGUCAGACACAUUCAUGUCCUAUGCCGGGUCACGGCAGAAGCCGGAUGAGAGUCCAACGUUCCUGAAAAUUAAGGAAAUAUUGGAGCGGAUCAUAGCAUUCAUACAGGCUUCCAAGAGUGACAUUUCUCCUGCCAUGAAGGAAGAAUUACCUUCAAUUGAGGACCAGAUCAUGAUUUUUAUAAACAUAAAUAGGUCCAAUGCCGUGGAACAUCGACAAAUUCGCUUCUGUCACAAACUUCAUGUGCCACUGUGA